ACACAACGGAAGUAAACAGUAAUCGCGUUACAACCCGGAAGAAUAGGGCCUCUCUGACUAACGUUUGAACAGACAAGAAUGACUAAUUUAUCUAGUGGAGAAACGGUUUAACGCGAUGCUGCUCAGCAGCUAAGUGUUAUAUUUGAGUCCUACACUGCAGCAGUGGAGGUGGAUGCGGUCGAACGUGAGUAGCUACGCCCCGAUGCCAGCCACCCCGGCCCGACAGAGAAAAAUAGUCCCGCUCUGUUUACAAAUCGGCCAGGACAGAUUGCUGCUCCACGGUGUCUCGUUAGCUUGCCGUGCAGCCGUGUGUGUUGUUACUGAAACAGAUUCGGAAUCAUGGCCGAACUGCAUGUGGUAGAACCCAGCGGAAAUGGUACCGUGGAGCAGCCCGAGCGCCGCUCCUCCAUGCGCCUGGCGUCGCCCACUCUCAUGGUUCCGCCGCGGAGCAGCCAGCUGAGCCCCGGCGGAGGAGGCGGCGGCAGCGGCGCGGGCGGUGGCCGGUCGGUGUUCGGGUUCCCAAUGAAGAGCAAUCCCAGCUCCCCGUCCGAACCGGCGGACAAACCGGGCUCACGCUGGGUCCGACUGAACGUGGGUGGGACCUACUUCAUCACAACCAAACAGACGCUAUGCAGGGACCCCAAAUCCUUCCUAUUCAGACUGUGUCAGGAAGACCCGGACCUGGACUCUGACAAAGACGAGACGGGAGCCUACCUUAUAGACAGGGACCCCACAUACUUUGGCCCAAUCCUGAACUACCUUCGACACGGAAAACUGAUUAUGGACAAAAACCUGGCAGAAGAAGGGGUUCUCGAAGAAGCCGAGUUCUACAACAUCGCGUCUCUGGUGAGGAUGGUGAAGGAGAGGAUACGGGACAACGAGAACCGAACAUCUCAGGGUCCUGUGAAGCAUGUGUACAGAGUGCUGCAGUGCCAGGAAGAGGAGCUCACACAGAUGGUCUCCACCAUGUCGGACGGUUGGAAGUUUGAGCAGCUCAUCAGUAUUGGAUCAUCGUAUAAUUAUGGCAAUGAAGACCAGGCAGAGUUUCUCUGUGUGGUUUCCCGGGAACUAAACAACUCCACCAAUGGGAUCGUCAUCGAACCCACAGAGAAGGCCAAGAUCCUUCAAGAACGAGGUUCACGGAUGUGAAGGAACCCCAUCAGCAUCAACACGAGCACAUCCUCCAGUUCCCAUCCACCAACUUUGAUGAACAUCUUCAUCGUCAGUUUGCCCCCCCCUCCUCUGGUGGGCCUUUUCCGCAGCAGAAGCUCUUCGACGUAUCCUCUUCCUGCAGCACGACUCUCACUCAUCUUCCUUCUGGUUGUUCUCAUGUGCUGUGAGGAGUUGAUAAGUGAGUUCCUCGUCGCAGUUUUUUCCUUUUUGCUGGUUGCUGUCAGAGCAGUGCUGCUGAGCAUGGCAGACAGCGCAGCACAACGCCUGCGUUCAGCCAUCAUCCUCACUCUGACCUUCCUGUCGUCACGCCGGAUACUUUCUUUCAAAUCUGGCUUUCGGUUUAGCAGGAACCUCCUCAGGACUCUCAAAGGACAAAGAGGAGAUUAAAAAAAAAGGGUGACGUAGCUGGUCUUUACCUGCAGCAGACGGAGGAGGCGGGGGGUCAAGGAUGCUGAGGACUUGGGAUGCCAGAUCUCCAGCUGCUGUGAACCAGGCUGUUGUGUAACCCCCCCACCACCACCACCACGCUUUCUGGAGUUUUUCAAAACUCUAAAAUUGAGCCACAACAUCCCAAACCGUCCGGUUUCUGUUUGAUCCGUGACAAUCUUUGAUAUUUUCACCCACAAAACAAACAAAAAAAAACUGUCGGAUUUCACGCCAUUCGUAUAAAACCUUUUAAGGCAUGAGAGGAAUCUAUAUACAUCUAUAUAGGCUACAUGAUAAAAACUGAAUGCAAACGGUGUAAUUAGUUAUUUCUGUAUCAUAGUUGUUACAUACAUAUUGUGAGUGAAUCUAUUUAAACAGAGAGAGAGAAAAAAUCCGAUUUAUGACCAGUACGAGCACCUGUGAAACAUGGGUGUGAGUUGCGUUUGCAGUGCCUCGGCUCUCCGUUGAAUAACUGAAAUAUCACAUUUUCAGCUGCACGUUUUCUGUAGUGUUGGAAAAAAAGGUUUUACAGUUUAUCCUGUGUUCUACUUUAGCAAUGCAUAUCUUAAAAAUUGUAAUGAGAAGUAAAGGAAAGCGUCAUCAUUGAAAUGAGGUGGAUAAUGCCUCAGAUGCCCCCCAUGAACCAUCGUUUCCCAUGUGUUGUGCUGUUUUUGUACUGAUAAUGACUCCCAGAUGUCCUUUUUUCUCAUUCUGCAGAACGUGUAGCAAUCUUUGCAAAAGCUAAACUGCUGCUUAUGCAAUCUCAGAGCCUGCAUUAAAACGCAAAUGAACGAGAUGUCAGUGAACGUGCCAGACGAGAAGCGUUCCGUUCAGGCAUGGUCAGAUUUGGAACAACCUGAGGGUAGAACACAUUCAUGGGUUGAUAGGAGCUUUUUAGCAACACUAGUUUAAAGUAAAAGUCCCCAGGUUUCAGAACGAUGCUAGAAAAUGUAUUAAAAAAACAGAGUAAGCUAAAUAUUAGUCAUAAAAUGUACAGAUAAAUGCACACGGGGAGGAGUUUUAUUGAAGUUGCUGCUAAAGGUAACAAAAAAAGGAACUUUAAAGGCUGCAAAAAGUCGAACGUUUUCCUAAUGUUUCUUGUAAUUUAACAAACUUUGAUAUCAGUUUCCUUUUUUUUUAGUUAAUUCAAAAGAACAUAAAACACCCUUUGCCCAUUUCACGUUUAAACUUUAUUGUUUGAGUUAUUCUGUGCAUUUUAUUUAUCUAUAUGCCAUUUUAUUUCAUCAUGUUAGGGACUAACAGGGAUUUGAACCUUUGACCCAUCAACAGGUAGAUGGCGGCUCCACUUUCUAAGCUACGCUCUCCUCUUUGUUUAGUUAAAAAUAUCAAAAUAAACGUGUACAUACAUUGCUUAGAAUAAAUAAAUAAAUAUAUCAACAACAGUUUUAAAAGACCCAGAUGCCAUUUAAAACCCCAAAAGUUUUUAAACAUUUUAUUUACAAUUAAUGUGUGCCAGAAAAAGUCAGCAAUGGACCUUAAAUUUGAAUAAUGGUUAAACAUUUCUAGAUUUAUUUUCUCGGAAAUAUGCUGAAUUACGAGUUUUACAAAUGUGUGGCAAUGUGCAUUUAACAUUUUAUGAAUGCAAUCACGUUAAAGUAUCUGUGAAGAGCAACAAAUGCAUAUCAUGCAGAAUAAUCUACAUUUAAACACAGCGCACAUUUGUGACUGAAGACUAGAAGAGAAGGAAAAAAAAUCUUUCAAAAUUCAACCUGUCUUUUGCACAGACGGUAUAGUUGACUGAUUGUGCAUCCAACAAUUUGUAAAUAGUUGGAUGCACACGCACAAUCAACUUACAAGUCAGUGUAAUUUGAAUAACUUACAAUUUAAACCAGUUUCCAAUUUUGCAAUUACUGAUAUUUUUACCCAUUUAUACACUUGCAGACGCUUUGCGUUACACGUGAUUUGCCUACCUUUGAAAACACAUCUGCAAAAUUUGUGAUUGGAUUUUAUAUCUUAAUGGCAUCUAUCACUUGAGUGUAAGAGAAUAUCUAAGAGUUCUUUAUUUCUUUGCACCUUUUAGUUGUUGUUUUGCUUUGCUGUUGUUUCUCCUUCACAUCCUCUUUUUCUUCAUACUUUGUGAACUCUGUCACACAUCUGUGACCACAGGGAUCGAUGUGGGACUUAGUGUUUUACUCAAGAACGCAGUGACUCUCGGUGAGGAUCAAACCGACCAAUUUGAAGCCCUCUACCAACUGGACCGUCACUUGUUUGAAAAAACAGGAACACAACAGCUCUUUUGUAUCUAUCAUGGUCUCUAGUCUAAGAGAUCAAAACUUGAUGUCGUUUUUUUCUUUGAUGUACUUUUCCCCACUUGGGUGCGUUGUGUAUUUAGCAGACCAUGUGUUCAAUAAUGCCCAUUCAUUUUGUUGAGACCACUUUUUCUUUCCUUCAUUUUCUGGCUCUUGCAAAGCACCUUGGGUAUUGUUUCAUCAGUUCUUGUCCGGUGUCGUGCCUUUUGACCGGUGUUGUGCAGAGAUGUGUUCCCCUUAAAAAAAAAGCCAGGAAGCUCCUCCUCUAAUGUUAUAACCUGAUCUCUAUUGUAAAUGAUUCAGUAAGAGACGAGCCAAAAACAAAAACACAUUGUUCCUGUCAUAGUUUUUUCUUCUAUUCACUCGUCACCUUAAAGUUUAAGGCUUAAACUGUUCAAGAGCCACUUUUAUUUUGCCAAUUUUGACCCACAUUUAGCUUCAUUUUAUUAUUUCAAGAGAUUUAGACGUGUUUCUAUAUCUGCUGUUAAACAUUGUCAGUGUAUUUGAAAAGUUACCAAACAAAAGACAGUUAAAAGAAAACAUUGAAGUUUAUUUUCCGCUUGUUCUUUUUUUUAAAUUAAACUUAGCAGUGAUCUUUGUAUUAGCACUUCUAAAUAUUUCAUUUCAGUGUUUGAAUAUACAUUUUUCAUAUGCAAUUUGAAAAUCAUUUUCAUUUUAUUUAUUUAUUGUGUCCUUUUCAAGCUAAUAUUUGUUCAAUGGUUCCCAACCUUAACAUGAGGACAUUUGCCACUUUGGGUUCCUUUGGAAGUAGUUGGCUGUUAAAUAAGUAGGUGUUCAAACAACAAAACUUUUAUUGGACUUGGUUUACUGUAGCUUUUGUACCUGUAGCAGUUUGAAAGGUUUUAAAUUGAUUAAUAAUACAGCUCCAAAACCUAAAACACCAGCAUGAAAGUGAUAUUAUCCCACUAAGAAUCCACCUAAUUCAUCAUUAUUAAUAUUACUAUAAAACGAGUCUCUAAAAUGUGUUUUUCAUUGGACAAACAGCGUUGAAACUUUUAUUAAAAAUAUUAAGACAUGCACUUUAGCUGCUAGAUGUCACAAAUAUCUGUCGAUUGUAGCUAAAGCUACCUAAUAAAUAUUGUUCAAAAUUAGCUUGCUAAUGUUGAAAUCAAAGUUUUGUUUCCUCUGAAGAAAAAAUAGAAAUCAAAGUAAUUUAAAUUUAGGCACUACUUUUUGUUUAACAAAAGUAAAAUGCAAUGAUGCUUUUUACAUGUGCUUCAUAAAGGUAAAAGCACUUUUUCCACACAGCACAGCAUGCUAAUUAGCGUUGAUUUAGCUCAGAAAUGUGGACGCGGUAAUAUGACCAGUGAGGAAAUUAAAAAAUAUGACAGAAAAUCGACAAUAUUUGUGACAAGUUAUUACAAUCAGAAAAGAAUUGGGAAUCACUGACCUAAAGGAACUUUUUAAACAGUUAAUUUCAAUGGCCAAGUAGAUAAAAAAUAUAUGUAUAAGGUUUUAAAGCAAAAGUUGCCUGACCGUGACUUUGUGCUACCCUGAACUAACGAAUCUGCAUAAAGUACUGUUGUAUCUGUUUUUUUGGGCAUGUGAAUACACGACAGCAUGCUUUUGUUUAGAGAUUACGAAGUGGUGUAAUGGAUUUUGUCUGACCUUUGUGUUUGUGCAAAGUGUAUGUGAUGUGUGGUUGGGCUGCGGGGUGCAGAGUUGAAGGCAUGGCUCUGUGGUGUGUAGAUGUAAGUUUUUAUGUUGUUGGUCCUCCACCCACAGUUCCUUCAUGUGUUUGUGUCUUUCUUUCGUCACUUUUCAUCCAGAAAGGUAGCAAUGAUACAAACUUAUCGAGCCGGACAGACUGCAGUCUCUCUUCCAGCCAACUUUUAGUUUCUAUAACCUUUUAUCAACCAGGAAAUGCAAAAGGAAACAAAGAUGUUUUAUUUAAAAGAAUAAAAAUACUUUAUAAAUCAUAUCACCAGUUAACCUGUAAACACUGCAUGCCUUUGUAAACAUGCACAUUCGUAGGUCGUAUUGAAAAUGUCACUAACUUGCUUCGUGUUCAUUUAUCAGCAGUAUUGAUGUCAAAUGUGAAUAAUCUCAAAGGAAAUUGUGGAGAGACGCUUGAAAGCAAAAAAAAAAAAAACAUUUCAGUUGUUUGUUUCACUUUUUAUUUAUUUUGUAUAUUUUAAAUUUUGUCUACAAUUGUUGUUUCUUAACAUGUAUCGAUUUUAACAAAACCCAGUCUGGUUUUUAAUCAUAAAAUGUGUUUGUGUUUUGAA